AUGGCGAAUAACGGAGACCUGGCAUCAUUCGGCUGGGCAUGGGCGCAGACACAAUCAAGCGAUCCCAGAGACAAGGUGUAUGCAUUGCUAGGGCUUUUGGAUGAGCGAGAGAGCGACUUGGUCACUAAGGACUACAAUAUUGGCCUGGACACACUCUACAUAGAAGCAACCUAUGCGGCGAUUGCGGCCAAUCAAAACCUUCACAUCUUACAAUUCGUCAAAAGUGCGAGGAGCGACCUCGCUCUUCCUUCAUGGGCCGUCGACUUCAGCUACUCGUACAAGACAGAGGAAAGGUCCUGGUUCGCUAGCUCAGAUGUGAGCAAGUACCUCUUCGUUGAACCUCCUAAGCCCUGGUGCACGGCGUAUCCUCAAUCAGCAGCGCAAGUAUCGCUCGACCUCCAAAGUUGCACUCUCACUCUCAGAGGUCUCGAAUUCGACACCAUCCUCCAUACCUUCGAGACUGACAAAGGAGACUAUUUCGAAGAAUUCGGCCAGGGAAUAAUGGACUUCGCAAAAUCUCCCCUCAGCCUAUUCGGAAAUCGUCCAAUCCUGUUGACACCAGGCGAACAAAAAGUCUAUGGGGAUUGGACAUAA